AUGCUCAAGUUUCUGAAGAAGGACAAGGAGGAGGCCAACAACCACAACCGGGAACGUGCCGCCGCCGCCCACAACGAACAGACCUUUUGUAAGCGUGGGGCGGUUGCCUAGGGGGUUUGUGGUCGAAUUUUAUGUGUGUUUCUGUUGUGACUUUGAUUUUAUGGCAGUUUUUGGACUGACGGGAAUUUACAAAUAUUCCUGUUUUUACCAUAACUAUUUACAAUCGAUUUUUUUUAUUGAUAGGGCGCAUGUGACUCUUCGAUUUUUUUCAAAAAAUGAUUUUUUGCCCACAUUUUUGACCUAAAAAUCUCGGUGAUUUCUGCAAAGCGCAAGUAAAAAAUUUCAACUCUUUCUUAGACAAUAAUACUCUAAAGUUUCAGCCAAAUCGAAGGGUCCCAAUUGGGUCAAUUCUCCAUUACAGUCUUCUCGUUGACCUCCAUUCCAAAAAUAUCCGAUUUCGCGUAUUUAUAGGCCAAUUUGCGGGGGGAUUUCUGGGAAGAUGUUUCUAAUUAGCACCUCUCUCUUUCGCCUCCCAAAAUGGAGAAUUUGCGGGUCUCGAAGGCAUGUGUAAUACGUCAAAAUUUCCUGUUUAAUUCCGGAAUCAUUGACUUCGAAAUGAAUGAGGCAUUCAAGGAGCGUUUUAUUCCAUCCUCCUCCUCCGGGGGACAUUAUCAUUUUAUUGAUCCACGUUCGACGCGGGGGUUUUGGGCUGUUUGGUUGGGUUAGAACUGCGACAAGUAUGAUAUUUAUUAGUUUAAUCAUCAAAAAAAAAUUAUCGAAAAAAAUAUUACUAGUUUGUCGGGAAAAUAAUGAGCAUAUUGUCGACCGGUGAAAAACAAGUUGAUCUUGCCGCGACAAAAUUUAUUUUCACGGCCGGGAUGCGAUUUUCGAUGCUACAAAGUGCUCAUAAUUUUCCCGACAGACUGAUAAGAACAGUCGAAACUCUGCACAACAAAUCGUAAGAGCCUGUAAAAAUUUUUUUUAAAUUUUUUCGACCUUUGAAGUUGUCCGUUGUAGACAGUCUCCGUUAAGCUUAAAAAAACUUAUUUUUGGAUCUCGCAGACAACUUUCCGCCCCAAUUUUUGUAAUAACAGCGUGAUUACUCUUUAAAAAAACGCGAAAAAGUAAUCUUGAAGUUGCGGCUCAAUCACAAAUCAAGUCAAGAUUAUUUUUUCCAUUUUUUCAAUGCAAAAGAAAGAUUAGUCCCUUGAAGUCAAGUUUUAGCCGAUUUUUGGGUGCAGCCUCUCCCAAUUUCGAGAAUAAUAAUUAUUACAAAUUUCUGAAUAGCAAACAACCUUGGAAUUUGACUGAAAGAUUUUGAAAUUCAAUUUUUUUAAUAUUUUUUUUGUUAUUUUUGAGGUUUCAAGGAUCAGAAACUACACUGAAAAUGUAAGCAUCCUGGAUUUCAAGGUCAUUUUUGGAGAUUUUCUUUAGAAUUCAAAAGUUUAGCAGUUCAACUUUUGUGUUUUGUUAUUGAGUUCUGGAUAAAAAGUCUGAAUGGAAACACUCCAAGUGUGACUUUACGAUUUUUUUGGAACCUUACGCAGAUUUAGAGAGUGCAAUUUUAGUGAUAUUUUUGAAAUUUUUCGAAAUUUAAGAAUCAAAUUUUUGAAAAAAAAAAAAAAAAAUUAAUUUUUUAUAAUAAAAAAAGAUUUCGUUAACAUUAGACAGCCAUUUUUUGAGGUUUUCUCCAUGCGGAAAUAGAAAAAAUGUCCAUGCACUUUAUGAAAAUACGAAGGUGUAUGUGCAGACACCGCCGUACAACUUUCCGUACAACUUUCCUAUCAAAAACCAGUUUUUACGUGCGAAAUUUUCAGUGCUUAAGCAGUGAGACACACAGAGUGCGUGCGAGGAAUUCAGAACUUCCAAAAUCGGAUUUUUUGAAUUUUUGUUUUCACCAAAAUUUGGCUUUACUUUCCUUGAGAGAUUUUCCGCCAAGUAAAAAAUCGGUUAAAAUUUUGAAAUUUGACCAGUUUAAGCCUGUCUGUCGGGAAAAUAAUGAGCAAUCGCGUCGCUGAAAGCAAUUUUAUUUUGUCGCGACACGAUUUAUUUUCUCUCGACGAUGCGAAUUUUCGAUACACCAGAGUCCUCAUUAUUUUCCCGACAGACUGAUACCAUAUGAUAUGGUACCAUAUCACUUAGGAAAUCCAAGUGUCAAUUCCGCUGCAAAUCUUGACAAACUCGCUGAAAACAAACCUCUUAACAACAACCUUCCUGCGCAAGAUUUCCCAACGUUCGCCGCGCGACGUUCCACUUGUUGCAUUGUUUUCCCGACAACCGCCGCCGGUGUUCCGACAAAACAAACACAUAGCGCUGUGGAAUUAGCCGGGUUAGAGGAUCAUCAUGUUCAAGGUUUCGAGCUGGUUUGUCAAGUGUUCGAAGGCGGGGUGGAGGCGCGCUCAGGGUGCGUGAAAGUCUUCACGACAAUUUUUGAUGGAUAAGCUUGCGUAAAAAAAUAUUUUUUUUAUUUCGAGCGCUUUUUGCAACGCUACAGCCAUUUUUUGCGCUGACAUUUCGAUUUUUAAUGACGUUCUUAGCGACUUUUCCGAUUUUUUUGUGAUUUUGCAACUCUUUUCAUAGUUACAGUAGUCAAGUUCAAAGGUCGAAAAGCCAUGUCAAAUGCUCACAAUUUGUGGUCCUUUAAAAGUUGAGGAACUUUUUGCCAUGUGUCCUAGGGUGUGGAACACCGGAAAUGGUUAUUUUUUCGAUUGUAAAUUUUGUCGGACCCUUUGAAACAACGUAAAAAACCGUUAAAAACUUGUAGUAAAAGUCCUUCCUCAACUAACUUUCCGACAAGUCGUUUCUUAACCAACCUCUGGCCAUGUUUUAACCGUGUUUCUGCGAAUUUAUUGCUGAUCCAAGGCGGGCUAAAAAUAGAAAACAAAGAGAAUAAAGGCGACGGAAAUCCGAAAAUUUUGUUUUGUCUAAUCACAAACCAUUAUGCGUUUGGAGCCGCUAUCAACGGCUAUGUUUGUUCAAAUUAUUAUAUGGCGUUCGGGAGUCGUAGGCGCGGGUUGAUAGGUCCCUUUUUCCAUUAUUUAUCCAAUAUGUAUGUAUUUUCGGAAACGGGGGGUUUUUUUGGGGGCGAAAGUUCUUUGAGGAGCUUUUUUUGCGACCAAUUUGAAGUGAAUUGAAGGUGUUCAAAGUGCACGUAGUUGGAGGGUCAACCGUGUUUUUGAGGUUGCGAUUUUUUUUGUGCCCACAAAGCCUCGAAUUGAACGUAAAAUUGAGACUGAGAAAUUGUAAAAGAAACCAGCAGUUUUUGAAAUUCGUUGAAUAAAUUUGCAUUUCAUAGGAAAAUGGUGUCAAUUUGGACCUUCAAAUUUCUUCAAAUUCCGCAUAGAUACUGCUAGUAUGUCAUAGACCAAUCGCUGAAAGGUUUAGCUUAUUCUUUGCAGCCGAGAAAAUCGGGAAUUAUGAGAAGAGAGUGCAGAAGAUGAGAAUACCGGAUAAAAAAGUUUUUCGGCUAUAAAAUUUCGAAUUUUAGCCGGAAAAAAUAAUUUUUUGUAGAAACAUUGUGAACUUCAUUAAGAAUAAAUUCUGAAGUUUUCAAAACAAAAAACAAAAAGAAAUGUCAUAAUUUUUGCUAAAUUCGGCCAAGAAAUCCCGGUUUCUUCUGCAAAUUACAUGCUAAAUCUUUUCCAUGCUAAAUUCAGGGAAUAAAAAAAUUUUUAAACCAUUAAAAAAAGCUCCCAAGACAAUUUCAGCGCAGCAAAAAUACUUCACAAUUAUUUUGUGCAUCAGGGCUGAGAAAAUAUUUUGCUACAGUAGAACCUGUACUCAACUUAUAGCUGUUGAAAACAUGGAGUUCAUACAAUUUAUCACCAUUUUUUUAAGUUCCGCAAUGGUCCAAAUUACAUGUGUAAUGUACCGGCCGGCGAAUACAUACUAUAAGAAUUUUCGCGGAACAGAAGCGGAACAGCAGCCUAAUAGCCCAUAUUUACCGCGGUGUAAAUGCCGGCCCGCCCUUGUGUAAUUAGGUUUAGGCGGUUAGGACUGUAAAAAAAGAUUAGGAAAACAAUUUGUCAAAUGAGAUCAUUCCCCGGCUUCCAGGUACACCUAAACUUGUUGGCCAGUACGCCGUUGAGGAGGGACUUUGACGCAGCGAAAGCGCCGUUUAAUGGGUUUACUGCCGGCUGUUACAAACUCCAGAAUGACUAAAGCUACGUGGUUUUCGGUUUUUUGUUGGGUCAAAUUUAUAAUUCGUUUAUAGGGGCCAACUUGAAUGGAAGAUUCUAGACUUAUUUAUAGUUCGAUUUUCGGCAGAAAAAAAACGUUUUGUUCUGAUGAAUUACUAACAGGUAGUAAUUACACGAAAAGGGAGGGGAAAUUUUUGGCGUUGGUGGCCUAGAAUUAGAUUUCAAACCACCUUUUUGCCUUCUCUAUGAUGGGUUUGCAAGGGCUCCGGAAAUAAUCAAAAAAUCGUAAUUUUGAAUUUAAAAUAAUUAUAUUACUUGUCGUCGAGCUACUCGUGUUUUACUGUGCCAACAAUUUUUUUCAAAAAACCUGUCAUUAUGACACAUUUUCCUGAGUUUUUUGACGAAGUGUCAAUUUUGACAUUUCGUCCACAUUUUUUCCAAUGAUUAGAUUUUGAUGACAAAAAUUUAUAAAUAAUGACAAUUACUUGAUAACAUGCAUUUUCGCGUCGUUAAAAGUGUAACCCCCCGCUUCUAGUAGUGUAAAUCGAGUUGCCAAAAAUUGAGCACCAAUGCGAAACUCAUGUUGGAUUUUUUACUCGAAAAAGACCGUCUAAUUCUGUGCUCGGAGACGAUCACCGACUUUUUUCGGCGACGGUUGUGGACCUACGCAUGUAAGUUCAAAAAUAUCUGCAAAAAAUUCAAAAUGUUUGGCAAAAUCUCUGCCAAAAUCAACGUAUUUCCGAAACUAUUUCCUAAAAUCGAUUACACAUGCCUUCUCUCGUGAAUUCCGCUAUUUUUGGCGAGAUUUUGAUUUCAAUUAUUUGCUCAACUGCUUGGCUGAGUUUGUCAAAUCCCAAUCAGUUGGCUGGGAAGUCAUCAUACCCGUUGUGUACUCGGUUGAAACCUUUUUUCCCUCGUUUCCUCAACUUGUUAUGGGAUUAAUGCAGGACUUGUGUCGUGUCUUGGUGUGUAAGUGAUGACAAGCCUAUAAUUGAUGUGAUGCCCGCACUUCCUCGACCGUCUCCUCUCUUUUUUCUGCUGAAAUGGGCCUUGUUUUCGGGUUUAUUCGCCACAUGUCUCGGCCGGCGUUUGGAAACGUUGUUUAAUUGUAUGAGAGAACGAUUUAUCUUCACGGAGCCGACGCCCGGUGGGCACUUUAAUAACGCUCUUCCUGCGGGCCCCCCGUUCCGACGCGAUUGUUAUUUAUGCGCCCCGCGGGCUUUCAUGCCGCACUUUGCGCAAAAUAUACACGUUUGUUUGUAUAGACAGAAGUUGUUGUUCAAAAAAGAAAUGAAUUUGGCCCCGGUAAUUUUUGAGUGGCGGCGGGGCCAGUAAAUUUUAAAUAGUGCGCCAGUGAAUUAUGGAUAUUAACCGGCAAAUUGGGAGGGGAUGGGAAUUGGGGGGAAAGCCGGCCGCUUUUGGAAACGACGUAGGUUUUUAAUCAUAUUAGACGCGAUUAGUUAAUCCUUAAGACCUCGAGGCUGGGCAAAAUUCCGGCUUACGUUAGAAUCUUCAUAAGGAUUUUGGACGCGUUUGGGGAUGGUUUGCAGGACGUUGAAGGAGUUUAGUACCAUAAGCUUUGAAGAAGGAAUCUUUCUCCAAAGAAAAUAUUUUGAUCCUUCUAAAACUUGCGAUACAUUUAGAGUAAAGCUCUGUCAGGAAUUUUGGAAGGGUUUAGCUUGCAUUUUACAGAAAAGCCCGAGUUUUUAAGGGCCAAAAAUUUGGCUAAAAUUGAUUUUUUUUACGAUUUUAAGUGUUCAAGAAGGCUGUAAGUCAGCAAAAUGCUUUUUCUUCAACUGAAACCCUCGUAGAUUGAGACUAAAGACGUUUUUCGUCUGGUCAACUCUCCUCUUUCUUCAUUUUCUUUCGGAAAAAUUGCCUUUUUUUUGGAGCGGCUUCAAACCGCAUGUUAAAAUGUUUGGGGAUUGGUAUGCUACCUAAUUAGAGUAUAUAAUACACUAGAUAAAAAAAAUCAAGAGUCAUACUUGGGCUACUUCCCCAUUUGAAAUCAGUCAAUUUUUGGGAAUUUUAGCGGUCUGUCGGGAAAAUAAUGAGCACAAUGUCGCAGCGCCGAACAUGUCGCUGAAGUGAAAAGCAAUUUGAUUUUAUUGCGACACAAUUCAUUUUCUCAACAGCGAUUCGCUUUUCGAUCCGGCAAAGUCCUCAUGACUUUCCCGACAGACUGAUAUAACCCGAAACUUCGCGGCAAAAAAUCCAAACCCUUCAUCUCAGAGGCGCGGCCAAUGGACCGUGUCCUCCUUGAUUGAGUUUCGUACUCAUAUCAAAAAAACUUUGGUUGUCGGCACGUUUCGCGGAGGCCGGCGCUCCGAACUCCACUUCCAUGCAACAUAUCUCUUCCACCCCAGAAAACCACGCGCACUCCCCGUCACUCAACUUUUUGUUGGGAGCAAAUUUACAUUCAAAAUAACCCUGCUUUAGACAUCUUAUUAUGGGGCAUAUCCGUGGUCUCCCAAUUUUUGCGGCCCUCCACUUUCGGCGGCCCCACUUUGUAUGGAGGGCCGGCUGCGGCGAGCCCGCGCCCAGCUUCCAAAUUCACUUUUAUUGGGGCGGUGUGCAGCGAAUUGUAAUUCAUUAGGGCGCGAUUUAUGGGAUUCAUGGAAUACACCGGCGAGGCCUCGAGGCGGCUGGAUUAAUCGACCAAAAUUAUCCUUGUUUUUUCGCGGCCCUCGUCCGUGGACGGCCCUGGAUUAGCGGUGGCAAAGGGGGAAAUACGUCUACAUCACUGGUUGUGGAGUUGGGGACCCGAUGUCAUUGCCUUGAGAUCUGCUGGGCUAUGUUUUUCGUCUUCAUAAACAAGAUUUGGGCCGAGAGAUUACGGCCCUUUCAUACUAGGGUUGGAUAGUAGCUCAAAAGUUAUCGAUUUUUAAUCGGGAAAGCGACCCAUGUAUGACUUUUUGUUUUUGUCAAAUUUAGUAGGCAUUUUGCAAAUAAGAGGCAUAUCAAGCCCUGAAAAAUCUAGCUUCCGAUUUGCAGUGGUAGCCGAGAUAUUUUCUGGAUUUUUUGCCUUUGUGCGCGAUUCCCAUUUUUCACAGCGACAGAUAAUUUUUUUCAAGGUGCGGCCGAAUUCGUGGCUGCGAUAAACUCUCAGGGUUUUUUGCGCCUGAGAAUUUAUCGUUUACGGAAAUGAACUUUUGUUUUUUUCACAGUGCGCCUUGCCGAUUUCAGUCAGCUUUCUGGACGGACUAGUAACGGCCCUUGAAAUUUUCAAACUUAAAAUCAAGGAGAAAUAUUUGAUUUUUAUCAAUUUUCGUUCGAAAAAUCUCGGAGAUUUCUUCAAAUUGUAAGCUAAACCUUUUCACGGUAUGUACCAGAAAAUUCGGCUUUAAAUUCUCCCUACCUUUCCUCAAAAUUGAAGGUUAACGCUUGAAUUGUUUUACCACAUCUUUUCCUAGAGCUACAAAAUUCUCCCAACAUGUUUACUCGUCCCUUCUAGAAGAUUUAUUCAAAAUACAAAUUUCUAGUCGCUGUAUAAGAGCUUUUGAAAUUUUAUUGUGCCCUCGAGGACCUGAGACACCUUUCCCAAUUUCCGCCAAAGACUUUGUUUUGUUUUUCUGGUCCUACAAUUGGAUUUUUGCUUAAUUUUCCUCAAUUUUGCGCGAUAAAACUGUUGUUUUAACUGUGGAAACUCUAGAUCUCACCUGUGAAGCAUGUUAUUUCGUAACUUGACUUCGUCGUUGCGCGACGAAGAGCAGGCAUCUAAGCGUAAGGAGGUCCAGCAACAGCAUCAACAUCCUUGUGAGUGGAUCUGUCGGGAUUUGACGGCCUGAGGGCCUGGAAGGCUUCUUUCCCUUAUAACUUGGGAAGUAAUGGAUCAAACAAUAAGAAAAUUGAAUUUUUUGGAUUGAUAGGUCCUAUAUUUAAAGAUUAUACCGUAUUUGUCGCAAUUUCCACAAAGGGCUACUUAAAAAUUCUGAUUUUUUAGCAGAAAUAUGCUAAUUUUUCAUUUUAACGUUCAGUUAUUUUGUCAAAUUGCCUGAGGGGAUUUGAGCAAUUUAAAAUUAUAUGCGAUUAAAUACAGUCCCUGAGGGUCUUAAAAACACCAUUUUUUUUAAAUUUUGAUCCACUAUUUGCUAAGUUCUUGGCAUUCUUUUUUUCACUUCCGUUGUUGUUGUAACUUUAAUUUUCGCACGUAUGUAGUGCCAAAUUGGUACGUAUGUUGGUUGUGUGCAUGAUGUGUGUUUACUGCUGAAAGCGUGACACAACACUAUUCGGUCUAUUUUUGACCCUCGCUGUAAGUAGCAUCGUUUUGUUGGAGACACUUCUUCGGGCCUCCGGAAGAGUGGAUGGAUAUUUCUUGGGGAGAUUUUUUUUCUUUUUCUUCCGGGAAUUUUAAUUUAAAAACGAAGGGUUUACAGAGUAGUAGUGGUAAUUUUGAAGUGCGUUUUAUUGAUGGCAGAAGACAGCGACAGAAUUGGUGACAUUUCAAAAAAUGGACGAAAUGUCAAUUUUGACACUUUGUCUAAUUUCGCAGUCUCUAAGCAAAAGUGAAUGAAAUCUUUUGCAUUUCAAUUCUCUCUUCAUACAAUCAAAAAACCAACCAAAUUCACUGAUGUUUAACUCCAUGCCCGGAGGGCAUGAUUCACGUUCCAAACGGAGAUCUUCUCUCUUUUUCAAAUUUUCUCUCAAUUCCUUUUCCCCGUUUCACUAAACCCUCAUUUUUGCAUUACCAUACACAGCUCUUAGCGCAUGGGAUACAUGAGCCGCAAGCCGACGGGUAAGUUGGCCCUCUCUGUUCCUUAAUUUAAAUAAACAAAAAAAGACAAAACCCGAAAUUGGGGCUUGAGGAAUCCGCCCACACGGGGCCGUGCAAUUUCUUCCAUAUCCGUUCCUCCGUCUUCACGCGCCGUCAUGUUUAUCCAAGCCGAAAAUUGCGGGGCCAUCCCGAAAAAUUUGGAACCUUCUUCCGUUGUUAUAUUCAAUUAAUUUUUUUGUCAUCCAAAUUUUUUUGGGUGCGACGAAAAAAACGCAAAUUUCCGGAGGCAUUUGGAUUUUUUUGAGGGGAAAAAAGUUACUGGUACCUAUUUUACACCACUGUCUUUUUAGGCAGCACAAAAUUUUUGGUCUUUGCAGAUGAUAAAACCCCUAAUUUUGCGAUUUUUUGGCAAAAUUUUUAUGAUUUUUUGGCAAAAAUUUUUUUUGUGCAGCUAAAGAGUCAUUUGUCUAUUUUUGGCCUCAUAAGCCCUUGUUUACUCUACUCUCUCGGUCAUUGACACAAGCCUCUACGAAAAUCAAAGAGCAUUUUUUCGACAAACAAGCCAUCGAGAAUUUGCUGUAGCAUCUUGUACUUGUGCCCUUAAACAGCCGACCCUCCGAAAUGCAUGUUAUUUAUAAUACAUACAAUGCGUGUGUUGGGCUUAUUAUUUCUUGUGGUGCAACGACCCAUCCUCCGUGUUUCCAUCCUCGUUCUCGCCGUUCUCUGCGCCCCGCCAAAGAGUCGGACGGAUGCACUCCGAACUUGGCGCGCUCUCUGCCCAAAAAACCCACUACUCGCUUGUUGCUAUUCCCCUUAUUAAGCCCAUUCCAGUAUGAGCCCGGAGCGGGCCCCGCACGGGGAACGGGAAAAGGGAUGGAUGCAGAGCGGCGGAGAGAAAAAAGCGCACGAGAAGAAUGUUCGCCGGGCACGAAAAGCCAAUUUUCGGGUUGUUUGUGGGGGGUGGCCGCUCUCUUGGCCGCCGCUCGGAAUCACGCCGAAGGUCGAGCGGGGCCGUGCGAAUUUUUCCACACCGUCAAGUAUAUGUCGUGCUAAUGGCCGAGUAGUCGGGGCGUUAAUCCGACGGCACAGCCCGCGGCUUUUUAUGCGUACUUCUUUUUCGGCGAUGAUAAAGUCUCGCAGUUUUACAUCCCGAUUUAUUGUACGACUCCGUUGAGCUGCAUAGCGCUUUUUUAACGGUGAACUGGAAAGUGUAGGCUGAAAGAAAUGGUAUAGGGACCAUUUUGCGAUUUUUUUGCAUCGAUUUUUUCUCGGAAAUUCCUAGCAAAAAUUGCAAAACUUCCAGACUACACUUUUUCCUCCCCAAAAACUCUUAAUUAGCCUGUUGGCGAUGUACGAACUUUGAUUCCGGAAUCGGUUUCCCCCCAUUUCUUCGUGCCAAACCCCACUUUCAGUUGGCUGAAUUCCCGGGGCCCUCCGGAAAUGAGCGCAGCCCACAGAGUUCUUCUACACGCUUCUUUCCAACCCAAACCCCUCGAACUUGGCCUUCCUUCUGAUUUUUGUAUAUACGAUCACCUCCAGCGAUUCAUCUCAUUUCCGGAAGCAACACAAAUGACGCAGCCCCUGUUUGUCAACCCAUUUAUGCGGGGCCCGGAACUGCCAAGUUAGGGGCGUCGAAAUUGUGUGAUGACAUCGCAUCUUUCGCAUUUUUUCCCACUUGGCGCCGUCAUUUUUUUUUUUCUCAAUGUGUCUGUAGAAUUCCCCCGAAAAUAGCCGGGAAAUUCGUUCGACGAAUGGCCCGCAGGGUGCGGCGAGAACGGAAGUGAAAACCCGCGGAAAAUUGUCAAAAGUUUGCGGGUUUCCCCCCAAAACUUUUGGCAUUUUCGCCCGAUUUUACCCCCCAAAAAACGUCGAGUAUUUUGGACGAUGGGAAGUGUAUAGUAGGAGAGCGCGCCAUCAUACUAUUUUUGACUUGACUUGCAUCUCUUGGCCUUAAUUUAAUUAUUUUUACUAUUGUUUUCGACCGAAGCCAAAACUCGGCGCUCUUCUUGACAUAUCCUCCGCGAAGGUCCGGCAUUUUCGAACUAGCAAUUUUUAACCCACUCCCAUUGUUCUUCAGCUAAAUUCAAGGCUUCCCUGCUUUGGGAUUAUUUAUUGUCGGGAAUUAAAGCCCAUAGUUAAUGGCCCUUUCGAACUUCCUCUUCAGAGAUUUAAUACAAUUUCCCGUAUCUCCUCGUAACCCCACCAUGUUGAACUUUGUUGUUUAUCAUGCAUCCCUGAUGGCAUGUCAGAGAAAAUGAGGCGAAUUCGUAUGUUUUUGUCCUAAAAUUUGAUUCUUUACACUAAAAACCCGCCUUUUGCUCCGUGAUGAUCGACUUUUUCCUUUCCAAAACUUGCAAUUUUCGUACGAAAAAUCACUUUCUUCGCCACUAAAGGUCUCCGAAUUCCCCGUAGGACGGGUUGUUUUUCCUCUGGCCCAUGGCGAAAACAAAACUCCAAAGCUUGGAGCAGCGUUUUCAGCAUGUUUUAUUGCUCGAAAUCGUUUGUUUUACGACCUUUAUGAUUUGUGAAGUCGGUGGGGGCCAAGCCGAACAGCCCACACUAUAAAAAUACAAUUCCUCUAUCUGCCGCAGGCCCAAUUCUGUCGUCAAUUUUGGUGGAUUUUCCAACGGUUUUUUUUCUCAAACCCUCCGGCACUUUUAUCUCUCCAGACAUUCCCACUUUUAUUGUCUUUUAUUCGGAAUUCAAUUUUCACUUCCUCUACGCUGUCGGAAAACAAUUAUAACGGUUGAAUUCUGCAGGCCGUCGAGGCACCUCGGCGUUAUGUCCUCUUCGAAUAACAAAAAAGUGCAGAUUAAGUUUUGUGAGUUUACAAUGAGACUGUCCAUUGUGUAUGGUGAAUGUAGAUGAAGAGUGCAGUGUGGCGCUGUCCUCGCUAGAUGUUGUGAUUGAAUGUUUGUUGUAAAUGUCUGGGAAUGCGUUAAAAGGGUAGGAUUUUAAAAAAUCAUAAUUUUUUGCAAAAACUCUCCCUUCCCUAUAGAAACACAAAUAUGUAGCCAAAAAUAUUUUUCUCCGAGCAUCUCUCCUAACAUUUAAGACUCUCUCUCUCCUCUAUAGAGAUCGUUGAUAUCUGAAAUAUCCCUGCAAAAUUGUCUAACCUAUUCUGUAUCUUUUCCCAGCUCGGUAACCAAUCUAAAUUACUGAUUUCAAUUUUUUUUUCAUCUCCUUGUUAAGGUACUCUGCUUGAAAAAAGAUUUUUUUUUCUCUCCUCAAACACCUUCAAGUUUAAAUGAGGGUGUUUGCACCCUCUACGCACCACGUAAUAAAUACUAAUCACGAGGAACAUGUUUAUGUCUAUUUCGGUGCAAACAAAAGAGCGUAUUCUUUGCUCAUUUUAUUUCCAUGACAAUUGUUUGGGUUUUGCAGGAUUUAAAUCCCACCUCGGCCGUUUCGUUGAAUGUUACACUGAUGAAAAAUCUCUUGGUAUUAUUGCACCCUGCUCCCUCGAAUUAUUUCGCUCUAUUAUUAGGUUGAUUCAAAAGUUUUUCCACAUUUUUUUGAGACACCUCAAAAUAAAAUUCCUGGAGCCUGAUUGAAUGUACGUUAAAACUGAAAGCAUAGAUGUAUGGGGCAGAACAUUGCAAAAUUUUUGCUUCGUAGCAUUUUAUUUUAUACAAGCUUCCUUUCAGAAUAUUUCAAAAAUACUAAAAAUUUCUCCGUUUGUGUCAUGGUGAAUAUCCCGGGCCCUAGCAAUUUUCCAGCCCACUAAAAAGUCUCGGGUUUUGGGUUAUUCGUACUGGGGAUGGCUGUAGUUUCUUCUGAAUUUAUUGCUCUACUUAUAUCUACACUGACGUUUUUUGUAGCAUCCCAUAAAGUUGGCCGGAGAGCCGAGCUACCGAUCAAAAGCAGAUUUUUAAAAAUUUUUUGAAAGGAGUUAGAUUUUUUUGACUCGGCUGCCAUUCAGGUUGUACAAAGACAGUAUGCGGAUGAUACAUUCAAAAAGUCACCAACUGAAAUUGCCUUAUAAGGUAGAAAAGUAGCAUAAACUGCACUUUUAGGCGAAUUUUUGUAAUUUUUUUUACUGGUAUUUCAAGAGGACCUUCAGCUUAGCGCGUCUAGCAACUGAUAGUGUAUGUCAAGUAGGAUCAAUUAUUUAUUAAAUAACUAGGAUACCGGGCAAGAGUAAUGAACAGAAAACGUUUUUGUAAAAAUCCCCUAAAUUUCGUAAAAUAUUGGUAGAUUAAAAAGAUUCGAUUUUUCUGCCGCAUAGGUAAAGCUAGCGCGAAUGUUUAGCAUUGGCGUUGUAGUGCUACUCAUACACUACAAUAACAGAAAGCGUUAUCUCUUAGUGCUUCUAAUAGCUGCGUCUACAGGGCCUACUUUUGCCAGACCCUAAUUUUUGAUUUUUCGCACUAAAAAUUUUUCGACUAGCCCUAUAGCAAAUUGUCCUCGAUGCCAUAGAGAUUACAUACAGGCAUACCAUAUUCGAGAAUAUUAAGAAGAUACAGCCACUCUAGACGUAACGCCGGCGGUUUACUUUUUCUUCCUUCGAGUAGUUAAGGUUUAACACGGCGCUACUACUACAAAUUGCUAAGUUGUAAAAAGUUAUUAAUCUACUAUAAUCUACAAACAGCCUUCUUUCUAACAAGAUAUAUAUCAGGCCCACUGGCUUUGGUCUAAAUUUUUUAAAAUUUUUUAAAGACAUGUGGAAAAACUUUUGAAUCAACCUAAUAGUAUUUUCAUAAAGUGCACGGACAUUUCUCGUGGCCCGCACCGUACACAAAAAACAUCAAAUUUUGCACCGUGCAUUUUACUUUUUUCGCGUUCGCACAGUGCAUUUUGGACUUUUUCCCACGCUUGUCGCCAACGCACUGUGCGUUUUUAAACUUUUUCCCACGCUUGUCGCUAACGCACAGUGCAAUUUUCUCUUUUUGCACGGUGCAUCCUCAAAAAAGCAGUUUCCACAGUGCUAAUUCCCGACGCCCGCAGCGACGUGGUUAAAACUCGCUUGUGUCGCCGCGAUAUUUUGAAUGCACAGUGCGAAAAAAAGGAAAAAAGUGGAAUGCACGGUGCAAAAUGUGGUCUCUUUUGCGCACAGUGCGGGCCACGACAAAUGUCCAUGCACUUUAUGAAAAUAAAUAGUACAUAAAUCUCCCCCGAGUUACUUCACACUGCUUCCUCCAGUCUGCCCAAAAUUUACUAAUCUUCCAGUUUGUAUUCGCACAAUUGGCCCCUACUUUUCUCAAUUUUCCCCUCAUCAAAUUGUAGCUAUUGGUUUCCGAGCAAGACCUGUGGCAUUUUCCUUCGGCCCACACCGGAAAUUCGCUCUACAUUAAACCCUGUUUUCCCUCGCCUUCCUGGAAACUGGGAUUAACAAGUUGCGCCCAAAAAUAGCUGUAAAAUCGCAUAUGUAGAUUAUGUGUGUGAAGAGGGAAGAUGGCCGGGAUUACAUGACGGACAUAAUCCCUGUUUCUCUUGCAUUUGACUGCCUCUAGACAGUGGGAAACCCCGGUUUUAUCGGCCGGAGAAUUCGGGAAUUUUUGGGAGUUUUUUUUGUGAAAGUCAGGGUUUUUUUGAGUUACUGCGCCACAGGCCAGAAAAUUAAAAUCUUUCUACAAGCAAUAUAUUUUUUAGACCGUUACUAUUUCCUAUACACCUAUUUGACGUCCAAAGUCCGCCAAAACAGACUCCAUUGGCACACGAAACUAAGCAACCAUGGCUAUAAAAUUUAUCGAAGUUUUCAAGUCAUCUUAAAAUUUCUCGCUGAAACUUAAGCCGUCGGUGGUCAGUUUCGUGUCGCUUUUAGCGUUGACAAUUGCAACUUGAGCCCACGAAAUCCAUAAGAGCAAUUUCUCAUUGAGUGUCAACCGUGGCGGGCGCUCGUGCAAUGUUCCGCAUUUAAAUUGACAGCGCCUGCGGGCCGUAAACUUUGUUUCUCGGCGUGCCCGCCGGGGCACACGUUUCGAGGGGCGAAUUUAGAGUGGCCAUGAAGCCCUUUUUUGCGGAAAAAUAGACUAAUUUCUCGCAAUUUAUAUCGGCCAUAUGGAGGCUGAGAUUUGGGGGGCUUUGUGUAUGUGUGUGUGGAGGGGGAGUUUCGCUACAAAAACAAAGGUGUUGGGGGGCUUUUCGUGUGUUCGUCGAGACGACUUACAUUCCCGGCCGAAGACAACUCACUUUUUUUGAGGUUAUAAGGCCAAGUGUUCCCGCCCACCUGCCGCAAAGUACUCUUCUGUAGUCGUCUUCUCGUAGAAUGUCUUUCCUGGGCCGGCGAACCUCCAAGACUGGCAAGUUGAAUUGUAAUCGCCUUGGUUCUGAAGUGUCUUUUCCGCCUUGAUUUGUUGUACGAAUUUUGUUGUUUUAUAGGGAUGUAGUCGAAGUGGUGAGUUCAGAGUUGGCGUAUGUUGGACUAGAAGGGCUGAUUUUUGAUUUUGCAAAAUUUGAGGAUAUAGCAAAAACGACCAAGCAAUAGGUAUAUUUAGAUUGUUUAUGGGAAAUCAACCCCAAAAAAUAUUCAAUUUUUAGUCGCUAUUCCUAUGGUUUCGACAAAAAAUCACCGUUUUCUCCAGAAAUUGAUUGUUCCAAACAAAGUUUUGACUUUGGCCGCCAUAUCUUGGCCGCUAAAACAAAGUACGAUCCAAAAUGUUCCCAGAAUCUUCCUAAAAUCAUAAUUUUAGUCCAAGCCAACUUUCAUCCAACUCUAAACUCAUUUCUUCGAUCUUUUCCUCUCUUUAGUUUCUGUGUUGUCCAUAGUAAACUUCAGUAGUUCCUUGUCUGGUCACCUCUCCUGCAACUGACUAACUUUUUCUAUUUUCAGUCAAAGAGUUCCUGGACAAAGCCCGCGAUGACUUCAAGCAGAAAUGGGAGAAUCCGGCAUCGGUACGUUUUUUAAAAAUUUCGCUGCGGUUUUACGGUCAUUAGUAUCUUUCGAACACUGUUAAAUCGUUUUUUUCACGUUUUCGGACACGAUUUUUGUAUUAUCAAGCAACUGAGUUGAUUAGCUGCAACCGAGUUAUUUCAGGAAUUCGUUUCGAUAGCAGCGAUAGCGCUAUUUUUAGCGCAAACAUUCUUAUCAACGAAAGGGAGGGUUUUGUUUUCACCCAAAUUGCAUUAGUUUUUUUGUUAAUUUGUGAACACUACAGCGGCAGACGGUUUAUUUUGACUUCCCAGUUCAAGUACUGGUCGACGGUCAAGUUGUUUACGUCAAGCAAACACCCCGUUCCAUAAAUAGUCUCGCUGAAAACGGUUGCCGAACGGUUUUUCAUUGUGAAAUUCGCAGGCAGACGCUGUAAUGUUUGCGCAUACCGUACGCCUUUUAAGGGGGUUACGAGGGGUUAUUUUUGGGGUUUAAUUGCUUCAAGGCGUUCGGUAGCGAUUGGUCGCGUUGUUGGCCGCGAAUUGAAGCAAAAAUUCGUCUUAUUUUUGGUCGAUGCUUCGAGAAACGGGAUUUUUUGUUUGUUUUAGCGACUACAGUUUUCGUUCGGGAGGUCUUCGGCAUGAAAAUAAGGUUGUUUUGGGUUGGCUGGUCUAUAAAUAGAGGGGAAUUUGUUUAACGAGCCUUCUGUACAGCUGCUGAGUUAAGCCAUCACAAGUUGCCAUCUUUUUUGUCAUCGGACGUGACUGUAACUAACUUCAAACAUAGAGCAAUAUUUUCUCUGACAUAUGUGAAACUUUUAGCGUUCGCUUUAGAAAGCCCACCGGGAUUUUUAGUUUAUAAAAGUUGUUUUUGUCAGGCUGACUCUCUUUAUUUUACGAGCUCUCUCUAAAAAAGAUUUUUGGAUACUCUGUCGGGAAAAUAAUGAGCACUCUGUCGCAUCGAAAAGAAUAUAGAAUUUUAUUUAGAAAAUGAAUUUUUUCGCGGAAAAAUCAAAUUGCUCUUCGCAUGAGCGACACGAUCACAGCAGCGACAUUGGCUCAUUAUUUUCCCGACAGGCUAAUAUUUCGGCAGCCAUUGUAAAGUGAGAGCUGAAAUUUUCAGGGAUUGAUCUGAGGUCUAUUUGGACUUGGUGUGCUGAAUUUGGACAAAAUCGAAGAUUGAGCUACGUGACAAAUGAAUAUUUUUCAUUUUUUCCUCUUCUAGGCCGUCAAAAAGUUUUCUGAGAUCCCAAAAAAUUACGAAUGUCAAAAGUAAUGUGUCAUUCCAAAUAACCCUCACAACUACUGUUCUUUAGCCGUCCACCCUAUCUUUUUGCGGCUUUCACAACAGUAGUAAUGUAAUUUGCCCUUCCUCCGGCUUGCUUAUAACAAAUUCCCAAAUUUAGCGCAUGUUUUUGAGCCGGGUCCUCUGCACUUGCCGGAAAUACACCUUGUUUUCGCAUUUCCAAUUACUUCAACAAGCCUUAGCGAGAAUUCCCCCAGCUUUCUUUUAUUUUACUGUCGUCGAAAAUGCGCGAGUCAAUAGCCAUUCUGUAUCGGCGGUCGAGGAAUAAGGUAAUUGUUUACCGCUUCGUUAUUACUCAAUGUUUUCUCCUCGGCCAGACUAAUUACGAACCUAACGAGGCGUACGGGUUCAGAGGCGAAGCGGGAUUGAAAAGCACGGUAAUUAUGCAAAUUUCACGUGUUGUGUUUUCGGUGCGAUUUAGCGGGAAUUCAGAGGAAUACGGUAGUUUUUUCUUGCUCGCGCAGCCGAGAUAUUUUACAAUGUUUUUGCGAGAGAGUACGAAAAAUGAAGAGCUCUACGCUGACGAGAAAAGGUUUUCGGCUGAAACUUUUUAAUUGACCCUUAGAAAAUGAUUAAUUUUUAGUUGAAAAUUUUGCCAAAUUUAGCUCAAAAAAUUUCGGUGAUUAGUGCAAAAUGCAGCUCAAACUUUUGCUAUUUCCUUGGAAAAUUUCGCAAAGCUUUGCUCCGGCUUUGUGCCUAUUUUCAUUGUGGGUUCUCUUUUCAAUCACUCUGUCGGGAAAAUAAUGAGUACAAUGUCGCUGAGCCAACUACAUCGCUGAUUUAAAAAGCAGUGUCAUUUUGCCGCGACACAGCCCAUUUGCUCGACGGCAAUGUGAUCUUCGAUGCGACAGAGUGCUCAUUAUUCUGGCUAUAGACUGAUAUCACCAAAAACUUGUAGUCUUGUUCCAGCCCGAAACUCGCAUGACAGCAAAACCUUUUGUUUACGGCAUUUUACACAUCUUUAUUACACAUUUUGUAUGACCACUUCAGUCGCAUUAUGAAUAGUUAACAUUGUGCCGCAAAUUGUAGGCCAAUCAUUGGCGCUUCGAACUUGGGAACAGUCACGUACGUUUCCAUUCUCCAAUUCUCCCAAACCGUCCCCCCGGCCUAAGCCGGUCCUAUUUCCGUCGACUCUGCCCUCGGGUUGUUCACAAUGCGCAAGCUUAUUUUCGAGUGGUUUUCGACAAAAAAAAAUUUGUGCGGUCCCUUUAUUUACUAUUCGUUUUAAAUUUUGUUUCAAGCGCAAAUAAAGGGAAACUUUUUUUCCUUCUUCACUCCACCGACAAAACGCACGGAUUAGGGCUUCCUUAAAGUUUGGGGGGACCUUUCAUUAGUAUGCGUUUCCAUAAAGUGCAUGGACAUCUUUUUGUUUUUGCAAAGUGCAGAUUGAACUUUUUCCCACGCUUGUCGCCAACGCACAGUGCAUUCUUUUAUUUUUCAAUUUUCGCACCGUGCAAAUCUCAAAAAGCCAUCCGCACUGUGCAAAUCGCUGAUGCCGUCGCAGCGACGUAGUUGAAACUUGCUUGUGCCGCUGCGAUAGUUUGAAUGCACAGUGCAAAAACCAUGAAAAAAUGGAAUGCACGAUGCAAAAUAGAAAGCUUCUAUGCACGGUGCACAGCGCGGCAAAUGUCCAUGAACUUUAUGAAAAUACUAAUUUCAAUCCGUCGGGAAAAUAAUGAGCAUAUUGUCGCUCGCGUCACUAAAUUGAAAAGCAAUUUGAUUUUGUCGCGAUACAACUCAUUUUCUCCGCGGCGAUGCGGUUUUCGAUGCGACAGAGCGCUCAUUAUUUUCCCGACAGACUGAUAUCGAGGGGAAUUUUCGUCUUGAUGAAUUUCCAAUCGUUUCGUUGAUAAGAGCGAGAAAUUUCGCGGAUUUUUAAAGUGAUCUCCGCCGCCUUUUCGAGUGGAUUUUUCCAUCUUCUAUCACUUCGCUUCCGCGUCAUGACGCGGAAGGAAUGUGGUCUCAAAGUAAUUUUGGGAUUGUUCCGCGAUCACCCUUUGUACUGUUGAUGAAAACACGGCAGUUUAAAAAAUAUCCGGUCCACUUGCUGAUGCAGCGCAUGACGUGUGCCCGAAAUGCAUUCGAAACGGCUAUUUUGGGCCACGCUUCGAACACGGUAUUUUGCCACUUUUUGGAGACAGAGAGAUUAGGCGGCGCAAACGGAAUGAAGAAAAAGGGCAAUGCUAGAGGUGAAGGCCUUAGGGUUUGCUGAAGCUUGGGCCAAAUUUAGAAUAACCGGCUAGAUUAUACUGUAUCAGUUUGUCGGGAAAAUAAAGAGCACUCUGUCGCAUCGAAAAUUGCUUCGCUGCCGAGCAAAUUUAUUUUGUCGAGGAAAAAACCAAAUUGUUUUUCUUCAUCAACACGGUCGGCGCAGCGACAUUGUGCCCAUUAUUUUCCCGACAAACUGACAUUCCCAAGGCCCAGCACGCUUUGAGAAAGGCAUAAAAUUUUUCAGUAAUUUAAGCGUUGCCUGGACAGAAGAUUCGUGCAAAAUUUAAGGAAAAUCGGAGCGUUCCACUAGGAGCAAUUUCCUUUCGAGCAUGAUGCACGCAUCCCCAAACUUUUUUCUUGUUACCCCCCUCGUCAUCCGAGUUCGUGUCAAACCCAAAAUUUUCGCACUUAAAUUUAUUCCAAAAGCUUCGAAAUCCAUUCCAUAUUUUGCUCUCUUCGCCGCGUUUCUCAUUACAAACAGUUCACGUUCAGUCAUCUGACUUGCCGCCGCGGGCUAAAAAUAGCCGGCGGACAAUGGGCGAGGAAUAACAGAGGCGAUGCUCGCCCCAUAAAAAAUGCAAUGAAAUGUUUAAACACGACGAGCAAGAGAGCGUCGCGAGUGCGGAGAGGGCGGGGUGGUGGGAGAUGGAAUUGAAUAGAGAGAUGGGACCAAGGUUUGACGGGUGUUAGAAUCAACCCGUGAUGAUUAAAAGCGCUUUAUGAGACAGUUUACCGUAGCACUACCCUUUCGUCUUUCUACCGUAGGCUAAGCGCGAUUUUUGGGGUCUUUGGAGAAGUCGGGUUGGGGAUGAAAUUUGCCAAGCAAGUUGACCGCCAAAUCCUUUCUGAUUUGACAAGGGAACUCUCCCUAAGUGCGACGUUUCAGACUUUUUGCCGAUGUUCGCCAAGAAAACUUUUUACAGUUUCUUGAGGGUACAGUUUCCACAAAAUAUCAUUUUUUUCCGCGCCAAACUAGCAAAGUUAUAGCCAAAAAGUGUUUUUCUUUCUCCACUUUCUGACCGCCUUAAAGUCAUCUUGAAUUUUACCGGUCAGAUUAGGCACAUUCCCAGUCAGAUUCGGUUCAAUCUGAAGCACUUCCAAGCCACCUUUGCUUCCUUAUGACUGUCGAAUUUCGACCUUCCAGAACAAGAUUAUGCUUGUGCUUGUUUGAUCAGCCCUCUCCGAAAAAAAUAGUGCUUUAGGAGGGAAGCGAGCUACAAAGAUUGAUAAGAACCGUGAGAAGGUCGAGAAAUUGUUUUACGAGCACUUCAAAAACAAAUUCCGAUGACAGGGGGCUAAAAAUAAUCCUUUUCCGAGCUUUUAAAACCUGACGUAAUGUGCGGUAAAUUUAGAACCUUUGUCUCAAGCUUUUUUGUUUUUCGGCAUUUUUAACAGCGUUUUUCUAGUUAGCGACAUAGUCUUUCAAACUUCUCGAAGAGUGGAAAUCGCGUUUUUCUGCGCGUAAAAAUCCCCUAGAUAUUUUUUUUGCUUUGUUGAUCUACCCGGAUCCGUGGGUUUUUUUCCGGCUCCCAUUUGACCUUCCACCCUCCUCGUUGUUGAUCUCAUUUCGACUUUUUUUUUUAUUUUUCACCUCCUCCUUGAUCCCAUUCUUCUACAAUGUUUAGUCUAACAUGACCUCAGGAAGCCCACGAACGUCAUCGGGCGACUGUAAAGACCUUUUCAUAGACCUGCUUCAUAUUUCUUUCCCCUGCAUACAGUCAGGUCGUGGUAGAGAGGGCAUAGAAAGAGAAAAAAAAAUUUUUUUCUCCUCUUGUUCAACGUGUUCGGACUUUUCAAAUUCUCUUCACUUUUUUUCGCUGUGUGGUUGACGCGAAGAAUUGGAGAGAGGAAUCGGGGCUGCGCCGGAGCUGGAAAACAGGGAAGGCAAAAAAUAGAAACGAGACCGACGCGAAACAGGAGAGACCCCACCGCCUUCCUCCUCCACUCGCCCCACCGAUAUUUUUGUCUCGAAAGUCGUUGCUCAAGUCCAACCAAUUUUAUAAGCCUAAAAAAAGAAUCGCCCCGAAAAAUGCCUGAGGGCACAGAGGAGAGGGGAGGUUUGUUUUUUCCUCCUCAGUGUUUUCGGCCCAAUAAUAGAAGCGCUCGUGUUGUUUGGGAGGCAGCGAAAUUGAGGCAAAAAUAGUGCCGGCUAUUUUUGUGCCAGAGGGCAGGUGAUUUCGGCCUUGAAUCCCUUGGUCCCAGAGAAUUUUGCCGCCCUUUUUUGAGGUCUAUUACUGGACAGACGCUUUGGAAUUUGAUUAUAUAAUUUUUGGGUGGAGUUACAGGCCAUUAAAAUUUACAUUUUGCUUUUGCCGUCUUUAGAUAUUUUAAAGCUCCUUUAAGGAUUUCUUAAUGUAUGCAAACUACAAUCCGACCGGCCCCGUUCCAAGUAUGGCACUUUUUCCCUUUUUCUUUUUUCUUGUUUGUCUCGGAAAUGCCGCGAAUUGCCUCAGGGGCUUUCCCGAAAUAGACGUCUUAAAUGAAAACCCGCGGCAUAAUCGUAUUCCUCAGGUACUUUUCCUCGCCCUCAUUUCGAUUUGUAGCCUGUUUUUUCUUUCGACUCUUUGAACCCGCUUUACGUUUUGGCGAGAGAAGAGUCAUGUGCCGCUAUCAAAAAUAGAUUAGGGCGAUCUUUCUAAAUUUAGCUCGUUUAUGACAUUGUCCUUUGAGCGCGACUGAUGGGAAUAAGCGUUUUUUUAUCAUAGACUCCUUCCUACGAUGGGAUGGGUCUGUUACGGACCCGUUGCAUCUUUAAAAAUCGGUCGUACUUUGCUUCUGCGUUCAGAAGACGUCUGGGUUUUGCGGUAGAAUGAUUGUCUUUUUCGGGCUGAAUUUUUUAUCAACGAGAAAGCCGUUUUUAGUCUGCCUUUCUUUACUCACUUUACGUACUCUCUCGUACGCAAAGACUGCUAAAUAUCUCGGCUUCUCUUUCGAAAUGCGAGCCAAAUUUUUCAGUAAUUGCUGUUCUGCCAAGGUAGAUUACACUGUAUCAGUCGGUCGGGAAAAUAACGAGCACUAUGUGGCACUCUGAGAGCUUAACAUUGCACAUUUCCCUCAUCAAAAUGAUGCCUUUUCCAACUCAAGCCCAUUAGAAUCAACCUCCUUCCGAAUUCGGAUCAAACAACAAUUGUGGCGGGAAAGUCAUUUAUCUCCGAAAUUAUUCAUGACUUCCUUUUCCAUAUUUAGCCCGUCCUUUUUUCCCGCCGUCUCUUGUUAUCCGCAAACACGUUCCUGGAAGAGAUAUUUCGCCACCAAAGUUAUUUUUGUUUCGUCUGCCCGAGCAAAUUCCCAUUUCUUAAAACAAUUUUUAAUGGGCUUAGCCUUCCGAGUUUCUGUGGCUUUUUGAAACCACGGGGGUGAAUUUCGUCUGAGCAUUUUUAGACUAGUGGUACAAUUAGAUAACAUAAAAUCAGCAAAAACAUUUCUGUUUUUGCAGAAGUUAGUGUCCCUAAAGUGAUUUUUGAGCCCAAAAUCGUGGCCAGCGUUUCUCCAAACAUUGACUACAACGAAAUAUAACAGCUCCUCAACCAAAGGUUUCACUUUAUUUUUAAUCAAAACGAUAGUUCCAGCGCAUACGCUUCCCCUUGAUAUCGCUCUCCCUCAGAAACUAAUUUAUUUUUCGUUCCCAACGACUCUUUUCGGAGACCCAAUUUUAGCCCAAAAAAUUUUAUUGCAAAACGUCUAAAUUUAGCUGUUUUUUGCGAGAAAAAAGGGCGGAAAACAUUCUAUUUUCGGCACUUGUUUUAUUGACAUCGACCAUUUCUGUCUUCCUCGUUUUCGGGUCCGAAAAUUGGUCUGGCUGGUUACUGUCUGGCAUCUUAAGAGAUCAGUAAAUUGUUAAUUUUUGUGUAGAGAUAAUAGUAUACUAUAAAAAAUAUUGCUUGUCCAGAUGGCGUACGGUAGUUUUUAUGAGCUCAAAAGAUCAGCUGCACGCCCGCCCUCAUUAUGAAUAUUAUUCCGGUGUUUUUGGUCUAUUUUUGAGCGGGAAUUAGUCAUUAGUCAAAAUGUCAAAACAGCAGCUAAAAACGGCGCACAUUUUCGGUGAACGGAAAGCGCUUCGGGUUACGAAAAGCUUCUGGAAAGUCGUUUGACAAAAGUCGAUUAUUCACAGGCAACCAUUACACCGUUUUCGCACUAAAUCACAAAGAUGUGUCCGUUUUUUGUUGAACGGCUCCGUUACGUCUUCUUCCGUUCGCCCAUCCUUUUCCGGCCCCCACCUAUGACUUAUAAAUAUUGUAAAGCCGAGGUAUGUUGCGCGUGAACAUCACGUUAUUGGAGAUGGUGUUUACCGCAACUAGGGCCCCAUCAGGGAGGCUUGUUUUAGCGUGCAGCUCAAGGCGUGUACUUUCCACCUUUAAAGAGUGUGGUGCUGCACUUGAGGGCAUGUUUGAUUGACUGUUUACAGGGGGGAUCGUAAAAAUAUGCGGGACCAGCGAUUCUCUUUACAUUGUAAAUUCUUUAGAUUCUUCUUCAGAGGAUGUUUACGCGAGCUACAGUUAUUUGCAUGUGAAAUGCGACCAUUAUGAGCCAAAAAUUAGCUCGGCGAACCCCGCCCUUGAUAUCAUUGAUUACGUUGCGACUUCUGUAAACUUCAUUCUGAUUGCCUUGCGAGUUCGAUAAACUUCCUGUUAGCCCACAACUCUUUGAUCACCCCUUUCUGCAGGUAUAACGAAAACAAAAGAGGAAACUCUGAUCGAUCAGUUGACGUAGGUCGCCUUCCGACGGAAUCAUAACAGCCAUACGUGAACGCCCCUCCUGGGCGCCCGAGUUGUUGACGAGUGUACAGUGUCAACGAGCCCGCUCCGUAUCCGAGCCCGAGAUCGCACGGCAACGCCGCUUCCUGGCCCAACUCAACGGUCGCCCCGCAAAUUCGGGCCGCAACUCUUGCUUUGUUGCGCCGUGCACCGCCAAGGGUGCGAAUCUACAAGAAAAUUUCGUAAUUAAUCUCCCGGUAAAGUCGAGGAACCUGGCGUCCAAUUUUGGUCAAUUCCUAUCCACUUCCACUUGCUUGGCUUCUGUUUACAGUCCGCCAGCCGUCUCGCACAGUGCAAAGAUUCUAACGGAGGAAAACGGCAAUCCAAAUCCAGCAGAGUCCGAGAACCUCAUCAAAUCCGCGAGUGCAGCGGAUUCCAAGAACAACAACUCUGCCGAGGGGAAACGAGUAUUUCUGAGCAUCACCGGUCAGAAGGUCAAGCCCAAGAAAGUCUCGGCCGAAACGCUGGUCGCGCUGAACGCUCGAGCCAAGAAGAACAGCCAAGGUCAACAAACCGCAGACCCACUCAGUGAGAAGAGUCGGUUGAACGGAAACCUCGAAACCACCUCGACCACCGCCCCCACCACAAUGCCCGGCAUCUCGACGGCGCGACAAGUUGGCGGGCUUCUGGCGACGGCCGCACCCAGCCUUCGACCGCUGAUCAACCCCGCCUACUCGAACUGGUAUCAGCCGUGCGCGACGAUGCCCCAAUUCGGGCUUCUGAACGAGUCCCACUCCUCUUCGCCCACGACGUCCAUGUGCGAGAGCGACAAUGAGCCGUUGUCGCCGUUGCCGCAGCGCAAAAAUGUACGACAUAGGUGUUCUUCGGUUUGCUUGGGUCCUUUGUUGAGCCUUAGGCGCAAAAAGUGCAUUUUCAUGGGGCUUUUGACGGGUUUCUCGACGACUCUUCUUGUGAAACCAUUUCUGUCCCAAUUCAUCAACUUUUAUUUGAUCAUAGAAGAGCGGGCGUUGUAAAAUAUUGACGAAAAUAGUCAAGGGUCGAAAAAAUGUUUGCAAAAGUUGUUGAGAUCUUUUAAAGACUAUGACCGUAAAGACCGUAGCGCCUUGAAAUGGUAACAACUUACCGGACUAAUCGAUUGUUUUUAGAACACCGCUCAGCUCGAUGACUUCGAUCGGAUCAAAACCCUCGGAACCGGCUCGUUCGGUCGGGUUAUGCUCGUCAAACACAAGGCCACGGACGCCUACUACGCGAUGAAAAUAUUGGACAAGCAGAAGGUCGUCAAAUUAAAGCAGGUGGAGCAUACGUUGAAUGAGAAACGUAUCCUUCAAGCCAUCGAUUUCCCAUUCUUGGUCAACAUGCAAUACUCAUUCAAGGUAAGACACUGAGCCGAGAACUGCUUUUCUAAAGCUACCUAACGAUAAACGGAGCCAAUCAGACUAAAAAAAUACAUAAUUGUGGCAAAAUUUUUCAUUCGAUCAAUUUUCGGAUAUCACACUUGAUAAUCCGGUAAAAAAUAAACAAAUUUUUCCGAUUUUGAUACCCAAAAAAUUAGUAUGUAGCAUCGAAGACUCUUUCCACCUAAAAUAAAGCAAAAAACACAAAAAAAUUAACAUACCUUCAGUUCGACAAGCAUUAUUACCUAAAACAAAAAAAACUUUUCUUAUUCAGGAAAAAAAUCACUGCCAAUCCAAGAAUAGCAUUUUUCAAACAGGUUUCUGCCCUUAGGAGACGCAAGAACCAGUUUCUUUGAUCAAAAUUAUGCCGAACUUUGACCGAAAACGCAAUGAGAAACAACAAAAAAUUGAUCCAAUAGAUCUCGUGACAUUUCGCAACAAAAACCAAUAAAAAACCAACGAAUUACUUCCUCCUUUUCCGACCUUUACAACACAUCAUUACAGUAAUACAGACACCAUUUUUAGCACUUUUAACCCUCCGUUUCUUUUCAGGAUAACUCAAACUUGUACAUGGUACUAGAAUUCAUCAGUGGUGGAGAAAUGUUCUCACAUUUGCGGCGUAUCGGUCGCUUCAGUGAGCCGCACUCCCGCUUCUAUGCUGCCCAAAUAGUCCUUGCCUUCGAAUACCUACACUCGCUAGAUUUAAUUUAUCGCGAUUUGAAACCGGAGAACUUGCUGAUCGACAACAAUGGUUACCUAAAGGUGAGUUGAAUUUUUUGUCCAAAAAUCCUGGUUUUUGGUUAUAAAAAAGCGAAUUACGAGGAAAGGGAGGUUGCCACGUCAAUCCAAAAUAGAAGAAAAAAAUUCCCUCUCCUUUUUGGUGAUUCGUUCAAAACGUAAUGUCACUAUCCGAUAAAACGCAUUUUCUUAUCUUUAUCCUUCCUUUUUGCCGAACAUGACCGAACAUUUUGACCAAUUUAGUUUGAGUUUUUCUUGUCGUCUUGUUAUUGUACAUAUAUCCGCAACGGUAAUCCCAUCUCAUUCCAGAUUACCGACUUUGGUUUCGCGAAGCGCGUAAAGGGCCGUACGUGGACCCUGUGCGGGACGCCCGAGUACCUGGCGCCCGAAAUCAUCCUCUCCAAGGGCUACAACAAGGCGGUGGAUUGGUGGGCGCUCGGCGUCCUCAUCUACGAGAUGGCCGCCGGCUACCCGCCCUUCUUCGCCGACCAGCCCAUCCAGAUCUACGAGAAGAUCGUGUCGGGCAAGGUCAAGUUCCCGUCGCACUUCACCAACGAGCUGAAGGACCUGCUGAAGAACCUGCUGCAGGUGGACCUCACCAAGCGCUACGGCAACCUGAAGAACGGGGUGGCGGACAUCAAGAACCACCGUUGGUUCUCCUCCACCGACUGGAUCGCGAUAUAUCAGCGACGGGUGAGUGGGCGCGUUCGAUUUGGACGGUUUUGGUUGAGCUAGCGGUAGAUGUAGAUAUCCAGUUUUAACCCAAAAAAUGACAACGGUGGUAGUUACCUAACAUUUUGUUCGGUUUUGUUUUGGCUUUCCGCCUGAAGAAGUUUGAGUUGGCUUGGGCCGAAUGCCCCUGAUAAUAAAGUUCACUGCGCUUUUUGCUGACGUUUCCGGCUUUCGUGCACUGUGUUUCUGUGUUCCAUUUGUGUUGUGAUUGCUUUUUUCGUUUGCCGUUUUCACCUGAUUUCCCACACGUUUAACACUCUGUCGUUUUUUGUCAACAUUCUUUUCCCGGACUCUGUUUUCAAUUGUUCUUUGAAUUUCGUCUCAACUUUUAUCCAAACCCCAAGAAAAUCUGAAAAUAUUAUCCCAUUGCCCUUAGUGCUCAACCCCACAUUUGUUGCUAGAGGAUAAGUGAAGAUUACGGUAGAUAAAGGGAGUUUAGCAGUCGAAAAUUUACUAUAGAAUGUCAAAAUGUCUAGAGAAUAGAUUUCGUGGGCCUUUUGCGGUGGUGGACUGUCCUUUUCCGAACGUGGUAGUACCUACUAGUCAUCUAUUCCAAACGCAUGUGCACUCUUUCGAUUAGUUUUCUUUCCACGAGGAGAGUUGUGACAAAAAAAUUGUCAUGACUUAGGGAUGAUGACAUGAGAAUGUCAUAAAAUUAGGUUGUGACAAAAAAACGUCAUGAUUUAGGGCUUACGAGAACAAGUGGUCAUUGUGACAAAGAAAUGUCGUUAUGGCUUAACAAAUUUCGUUAUGACAUAUAGAUGUCAUAAUUUAGAGAUUAUGACAAGAAAUGUCAUAAAACAAAAAACACAGAUUUAGCGAUAGUUUAGGCUUAGUUUCGGAUUAGGUAAGGCUUAGUUUAGCUUGGUUAUCAGUCUGUCGGGAAAAUAAUAAGCACUCUGUCGCAUCGAAAAUCGCAUCCCCGCCGAGAAAAUGAAUUGCGUCGCUGCAAGAUCACAUUUUUUUACUUCAACAAACCGACCGGCGUAGCGACAUUGUGCUCAUUAUUUUCCCGACAGACUGUUAUUACUCUAGUUGAGAUCCAUAGCUCAAAAAAUUUUUCAUUCUUAUUUGUCCUUCUACUAUUUCUCCAGAUCAUUCCGCCGAGUUUUUCCAACAAGGCCGAAAAUGGUGCGCGGAUUUUCGAAGCGCUGUACCCGAAAGUCAGCGGUCCCGACGACACACGACAUUUCGUGGAGCAAUGCACCGACGAGGAUCUGGUGGUGGACCCGGCCGCACCGGAUCCGCAUGCGACGACUUUCCGCGACUUUUAAACCCUCUUCUUCUCUUCCGUUCUGUGCAAUAUUCGUUCCUCUUCGGGCAUUAGUUCUGAGCUCUAGGCAUUGUUUUCAAUGUCGACUCGAUUUCUCGUCCUUUCGCAGCUUCCAUAUUCGCCAAAAGUGUAGAUUUACGAAAAUAUGGACAGCUUGAACUCCUGCCAUCCGAUUUCUUGGCAAUAUCAUGACCUAACCUACCUAAAGAUUCGAUUGUACAUACCACAGCUGCUAAAGAACAACCGUCGGUCUGUCCUCAAACUUUUAUUGUGUCAUAAGUCAUCGAUUUCUUCUUCAUUCGUCUUCGCUUGAUCACUUUUGACUUUUGUUUGCACGUUUUGAAUUAACAACAAGUUGUAGGAAUAUUGUUGUGUGUAGAUGUCUUUGUUGAAGGGCUUUAAUCAUCACCUAUUCACUGUAUUGUGUUAUGUACAGUGGUGGACUAAUCCAAUGGCAAAAAAACGUACUAUUUUGCAUCCGGGAAGUAUCAAAAAUGUGGCAAAAUACCUCCCUGUCUAACUAAAAGAAACUCCGUUUUGAAGAAAGCGCUCUUUCCCUCAAAAAAAGAGCGGGUGCGCUUUUGAAAUCGGAGUUUUUUCACUUGGAGAGGGAGGUAUUUUGCUACAUUUUUGGUACUUCCCGGAUGCAAAAUGAAACGUUUUUUUUGCCACUGGAUCGGCGCCGCCACUGUACGAUACAAAUUUUCGCAACGAAGAUUAAAGCCCCCAUUUCGCUCAACCAUCCAGUACCUGGUAUUGUUUUUUUUGUUUGAUUUGUUCCGGUUAUUUUGUGAAUCCAUUAACUGCGCAUAAAACUUGAUGCUAACCAGUUGUGGUGUUGCGAAGACGUCGUAUCUAAACUUGCGCUCAUUUUGCAGGUGGAAGCGCCAUUCUUGCCGAAAUGCCGUGGGCCCGGCGACGCGUCCAACUUCGACGACUACGAGGAGGAGCCGUUGCGGAUCAGCGGCACCGAGCGGUGCGCGCGCGAGUUCGCCGAGUUCUAA